ACUAAGUAAAUUUAUUUAUUUGUUUGAAAGGAAGUUACCUGAUUUGGACUGUUUUCAAACGCAUAAAAUUGUACUGAAAAAUCUUUAUAGAAAUGGAGGAAAUAUAUUGGUACAAGAGUAUCAAUAUUUUUGAAACUGAAAAUCACUGGCAGCGAUAUCUCAUGGAGUUGAAACAGAUGUCACUACAAAUCAGUGAUGUGGAAGAUGACAUGAAAAAAGAGUCGUGCAAGCACAGGAAUGAACUCAAAAAACUACAUUUAUUCUUAAAACAGUUGUUAAAAAUCAUUCAGGACAAGACUUUUCAAAAGAAGUGCAAACGUCUUUUGAAUAAUAUCAACAUGAGUAUAGCCAAAGAGUAUGAAAAUCCUACAAGGAAUAUCCUAAUAAAAAUCAAUGAACAAAUUACGGUGCUCUAUCCACAUUCGAAAUUCUCUGAUUCACCGUUCGAGAAGAAAAUUCGAGAAUAUCAUGUUGAAUUGAAAAGAUGCGCUCUACCCGAAAAUAUGAAUGCUUCCAGGUGCCAAGAUGUUGCAACAAACAUACUAAAUUUAACUGAAUUAAUCUAUGCGGAUUUGAAGAAGUACACGCGAAAGUUUGAUGAAAUUGAGGAAGUUUUCGAAACAACCGUGUUGUAUCCGAAUCCACCUCCUGAUAUGGAGAAGAAUAUUGUGAGAAUGGUGGAGAUUUGCAAAGAGAUGAGGCAGAUGCGCGAGGAUCUGAAGGAGGAUAUGUUUGCUGGUUUUAUGUUUUUUUUGAAAUCCGAAAGCUUCCAAUUGGAAUUCGCGAAAAUGUUGCAACAGAAUAAGUUGUUUGUACUAACAGACGAUGAGUCGAGUGUGGUAGAGGUUAUGAGAGCUGUGGAUGAUACUUGUAAUCGUUUAAUGCCUCAGGAUGCCUUCAUGAAUGUCCGUAAAAAAGUGCGGCCUGAAUCCGAGAAUUGCUUAACGGAUCUUUGGAACAGGAUGAGACUUAUUAAAGGACUAUCUACGUCUAUACCAUAAAAUUCGAGUACUCAGGAUGGAUAUUAUCAAGAUUUGGCUCAAGUAGUGAAUUGAAUAUUAAUUAAGUAAUUCAUGUGAACACGU